AUGAGUGCAUGGAGAAGCAUAGCGAAAGAAGCAUUCACCCAAGCUUCCAUAGUCGCCAAGUUCCUCGGUUUCCUUCACUUCACCAACAACUACCUCUUCUCUCCCACUCUCGUUUACGGCCCUAGCAUGCUCCCAACGCUGAAUCUAUCGGGUGAUGUCUUAUUAGUGGAGCACGUGUCUCACCGGCUCGAAAAGGUGGGUCCAGGUGAUUUGGUGCUGGUUCGGUCACCUCUAGAUCCUUCUAAGAUUCUCAGUAAACGUGUUGUGGGCAUGGAGGGUGAUCAAAUCACUUUCUUGCCUGAACCCUCUGUUACUGACACCUGUCGCACCAUCCUGGUACCAAGGGGGCACAUUUGGAUUCAGGGAGAUAAUAUGUAUGCUUCCUGUGAUUCACGGCAUUUUGGGCCUGUUCCAUAUGGUCUUGUUCAAGGCAAAGUCUUUUUCAGGGUAUGGCCACCUUCUAGCUUUGGAUCUUUGGGUCAGUGA